GAGGACGAGGCGGAGGCGCUCGGAAGGCUUCCUUCCUCCUGCAGAAAGGAGGAGGAGGAGGAGAAGGAGAAGAGGGAAUACUCGGCGACGUAACCACGAAGGGCAAGAGCGAUGAUGUGCGGCAAUCUGCUCGGAAAUCCAGCACUCUGCUUCUCGAGCGUGGCAGUCGCAGCGCCCCGGUUGACAUGUCGAGCCUGGCAGCGGGCGGGUGCAGAAGCAUCUCCGGCAUGGUCGUGGAAUCGGGCGCCGAGGAGCAGCAGGAGCGCAGGAGGAGGAGGAGGAGCAGCAGCAGCAGGCCUCAGGCUCAGCGGGGGUGAUAGAGGCGUUGUGGAGAAGCGCAAGGUCGGGUGUGCAAGCGCAGCGAUGGUGGAGACGGGCGUGGACGUGAAGUGGGAGGAGCUCGAGAGCCUUCUGGGAGGGAAGAAAUUCGGCCCGCAGCCGAGAGUUGCGCACGCGACCGAGCGGAUCUUCGGUCCGGGGAACGACGCAUCGAAGCUGGUGGUGUACCGCGACAAUUCCGCGUGGUGCCCUUACUGCGAGCGCCUAUGGCUGCUGCUGGAGGAGAAGCAGCUGAAUUACACGGUCGAGAAGAUCAACAUGUGGUGCUACGGGCAGAAGCCGGAGUGGUACACGCGCAUGGUGCCCUCGGGCCUGCUUCCGGCCGUGGUGCUGGAUGGCAAGCUUCUGACCGAGUCCUUGGACAUCAUGCUGCUGCUGGAAUCGAAAUUCUCCGACAAAAACCCCAUGCUCCCGCGCCCGGGCUCUCCGCAGUGGUCCUCUCUGGACGGCCUCCUCCAGCUCGAGAGACGACUCUUCGGCGCAUGGCUCAGCAGGCUCAAAGGCAAAUCCGGGGCAUUCGACAGCACCAUGGACACCGUCAACGCAGCUCUGAAUAAAUUCGGCGGCCCAUACUUUCUGGGCCCAGAGUUCUCGCUGAUCGAUGCCGUCUACGCGCCGUUCCUCGAGAGAAUUGCCGCCAGUAUGCCAUACUGGCCGGGACUGGUGGUCCGCGGAAAUGACCGGUGGCCGGCCGUCAACCGGUGGUACGACGCCAUGGACUCGAGGCCUGCGUAUCAAGCGAUAAAGUCGGACGAUUUCUACAUCGUACACAACUUGGAGCCGCAAAUCGGAGCCUGCAGAUCCGAGCCGCAGGGCGCAGCGUGGAGGGCUCACAUCGACGGAACGCAGGGGAGCUGGCAGCUGCCGUUGAAGCCCGAGGUGACGGCGUGGGGCGCCGAUGACGGCACGGGCGACGGCGGAGCCCGAGAAGAAGCCGCGCAAUGCUUCAUAAAAAAUCACGAGGCCGUGGUCGGGUUCGCGCUCCGGGGCGUCAAGGACGACGACGGCACGGGCAGGAACGCCGAGGCCGUGGACUUGGGAUUCCGCUACGUCGCCAAAGCUCUGCUACUCGGUACGGACCGAGUACCACUGCCCGCGACUUUCCCCCGCAAGGACGCCGUGGCUGGCGCCGCGCAGUUCCUCAUGAACAAGGUCGGCGUUCCCAGGGACCUCACGUACCCUGCUGCCAGGCAGCUCCGAGCCCAUUUGCUCUGGCUCCUCCAGCACUGUCAAGGAGCCUCUCGUUAAUUCGCGUACUCUACACACGUCGUAUACAUUAUACGACGUGUUUGUAGAUCGUGGGUAGAGAUCUUUCGCCGGAUCGUGCAUACGGUAUACACGAUCCGGCCAGGGACCUGUCGACGCUGUACGUGUUCGCCCGAGGCUCAGACAGACGCUCAGAUCUCCACCGGUUGUGUGUCACAAGCACAAGCGGGCUUGUAUGGAGGAAGGUCUACCUCCGUCAGCUAAAGGAAUCGGCAUGCUGUUAUUUAUUUAAUCAUGGUAGUAAUACGGGUUGCGGCCCGCCCGAAUGUUACGGACUUCUGAACCGCAUUCAGGGAGUUACGUCGGCCCCUCGACGUUGAUCAUUGAAAUCACGAGGUUCUGCUGCAACUCUCCUCAGCCAGAUAGAUCUAGAGUGUGAAAUUUGGUGAGAAUUUGAUCCUGGUUGGACGAGUGUUGUCAACUUUGCGUGGCUUCACACGACAGACAUUGACGCGAAGUGGACAGUGUCCCCUGUGGCCAGGAAGUUUGUUGCGAGGCGUAUGACAGUAUAAAAUUCGAUAACACAAUCUGAAGUUUGUUGAUAAUUCUUCCGACCCGAUUGCGGUCGCGUGUAAGCUACAAAAGUUCGAAAGAAAUGUAAACCUACUGCGUGCCCAUCGAUAUUUGGGGUUCACCCAUACAUGCAU